AUGGCCUGGAGCACCGCGCAGCGCCGAGAGCUGGCCGGCGUCUGCGGGGUGGCUGGCCUGGCAUUCAGUUUCAGGUCGGCGGUGAGCCUGGCGCUGCUGGACAUCACGCGGGACGGCGAUGUCCAGGUGGACAUCGCGGAGGUGGGGAAGCUGAACGCCAGAGGCCAAUUCGCCUAUGCCCUGGGCAAACUGCUGGGUGGCGCGGUGGUGGAUGCAGUGGGCGGCCUUAAGUCGCUGCUGGCGAUCCUGGCGCUGCUGUCCGGCAGCUUCGGCGGCAUGGCGCUAGCCCGGGGCCCGGGGCUGCGCCUCACCGCGUGCUUCGCAACGUCCAGGUUCGCCACAGCAGCGGUGUGGACCGCCGCCGCGGUGAGUUUGCGCAGCUCCUUCUGCCACAACGGUCAGGCGCAGGCUCUGAGCAUCGGGCAAGUCGCCAUGCGCCUGGGCGCUUCCGGUGGCUCCCUGCUCGGCGGACUGCUGUUGAGCCGCCUGAAGACCUGGCGCAAGCUGCUGGCGGCCUACGCUGCCCUGGGCGCCGUGGCCUGUGCCGCGCUCGCCGCCCGCCUGGCGCGCUCCGAAUGGGAAGCCGAAACGGAGCCCAGGGUGUCCGGAGCCUCGGACCAAUCCGUGACCUCUGUGGGCACGGCCCUGAAAACGGCCUUCAAGACACCCAGGCUGUGGCUCCUCUUCGGGUCCACCACGAUGAUCACCCCCACCUUCGACUUUGUGGCCCUGCUGCCGCAGUUCCUGCACGAUAUGUACAAGCUGGAUGACGUGAGCAUUGGGUCGCUCUCCGGAGCUUUUCCUCUUUCCGCACCUCCAGCCAUUCUUCUUGCCGGCACGCUGUUGCCAGCUUUGACUGCGCACGGCAAGGCGGCGGCUUUGUUGGUGGCGCAAACCUGCUCCGCCGGGGGCUUCUUCCUGUUGUCUCGCCGGCCAGCACGAAGUUUGCUGAUGCCCGCCUUGGUCACCAUCGGCGGAGGCUCCGCCCCAGCGCUGUCCUGCAUCCCUCCGGACUGGAUCAUGAGGUGGGGCGGGCCCCGUGCGGGGCUUUUCGCAGGUCUGCACGACGUGCCAGGCAACCUGCUGGCCAUGUUCAUCUACUCACAGGUGCCACGUCUGCUGCAACGGGGCGGCUGGCCAAUGGUGCUGCGCCACUCGGAUGGAAGCCAAAGCAUCCCAGGGCUCUUUGAGAGCCAAUUUGGACGCACAAAACACGACCUUUUUCGCCAACAAAUCUGA